GAGAAGGUGAGAGAGAUCCCAUUACAACAACAUCAACCACACGUGUGCAGUUCAACAUGGUCUCAAUUCCCUCUGGUCUGGACUAGUGAGUCUACUAUUCAUAACACACUGCAGCUCGCUAUUUGAGACAUUACAGCAUCCUCAGAAGAACCGUGGAACAAAUAAGACUCCGAUAAAACCCUUUCCCCUGGGAACUAAACACACCGAGCGUGCCCUGGUUGACGAGGUGGAUCAUUAAAUCGAUGCUCGCGUCUCUCUUCAGCGACGCGUCCUCCGUCCGGUGGGCGGGGCUAAAUGAUGCAAGGAGAAGAACAUCAAAGAAGAAUGGAUGAGACGAGGCGGGCGCGUCACCAUUGCUUAGUGACACUCCUAGCAACAGGAAACAGCUGCUUCAGGGGGUCGACCAAUAAGGUGGCGCGGAUGUCCGUGUUGUUUCUUGUUGCUCUGAAAGGGAUAUUUUAAGAGCCUGGGAGUAGUGAGGGUCUGCCUCAGAGUUGUUGUUUGUUGCUGCGGAGAGCCGUAGGAGUGACAGCUGCAUCUCUGGGUUCCCUCUGCGUGGGGGUGGAUCGGUGCAGACGGUAAAUGACGCUAUUGAAAAAAACCCGCGUGCACCAUCAGGACCUGAACGCUCAGAGAGUACCGUGCAUCCUCCCUGGAUAUUAAGAAGGAGCCCGAGGGACCGCCGGGCCCCCCACGCGCUGACACCCUGGUCACAUCGUCCACGCACGGCCCUGCCCCGCCCCCUGCCGCAGGUGACGUCCAACGGGUGUGACGUGGAUACCUCUUUAUACCCCUAGAGAUCCCCUUCCCUCCGAGAGAGACCCCCCCCCCCUCUACGACGUCGAAGAUUGCCUACUUCAAGAGGAAGUAUGCGCAGGAAGAGGACCUCCACGGACGCCUGCACGGCUACCUUCAGAAACACAUGAUCCUCCAGGAGGAGCGCAGCUGCAUCCUGAAGCUGUCGCUGGACAAGCUGCGUUUCCUUGACGACCCCGAGGCGUACCUGCGACGCUCCGUCCUCAUCAACAACCUGCUGAGGAAGAUCCACCACCAGGAGGAGGUGCUGGGGGAGGAGGAGGAGGAGGAGGAGGAAGAGGAGGAGGAGGAGGAGGAGGAGGUGGUGGCGGUAGCGAGGAGGCGAGGACCACCCGGGCUGCAGUCGGCGUACCCGGACAGGAAGCGCGUGAAGCUAAUGGUGAGCGACCGCUGUCCGUCGUCGCUAGGUCUUAGGGAGCUACCGCAUCGCUACCACCUCCUGCCAACAGGCUACCCAGCAUGCACCUGCCUCUGCCGCCUGGACGCCUGCCCCGGUGGGGGGGCCGAGCGCGGCACACGGCAGUACCUGCUUUACAAGAUGGACGACAACGGGUGACAGUUGGCCGCGACCGGUCGAAACGAGUUACCGUGAACGCUAAAGAGGGUUUGGGAGAAGCUGUGUGGUAUCUGUCGUGUUGACCCGGGCUCAGAACCUACCCAACCACGAAUACCCUGGAUCAACCGUCCACUGAAAGGCAUAUUUUUUUUUUUUUUCUAAGACGGUGUAGCUGUUUUCUCUACAUGCUCGAUAACAAGACUGCCACUUCUUGCUAUGCUAAUGCUAGCAAGCGGCUCAACACUGGUCAAGAAAGCUAACGUUGCAGUUGAAUAUUCGCCGAGCACCGAAGCUAAGUGGUAGAAGCUAAAAGUUGGACGGUUUCUCCAACCCUUAAAGGAAACUUAAUCACAGCUUAAACUGCCUUUUAAUGUGAGAUUGUUCACGCAGGACUGGGUGUGUGGUUGUAGAUUUUUGUGCUAAAUGUUGCUCAUUGCUAACCGUGAGCUCAUUCAGGGAAUACAAAGUGUGGGCUACUUUCCAUGCACCUCGAUUUUCGUUAAGAGGUCUGCGUUUUUGUUGUACCUUCAUGAUUAUUUCUCUUGAACUUUAAGCUAUUUAAGUAAUGAUUACUAAUUGUAAUUCAUUGGUAAUUAUGUUUCGUUCAUGGUAUGUGUGAACUGUCGUGUUACCUUGAUCCGGUUAAACAUAUUAAUUUGCAGGUAUGCAGCGUGUUCUCUGUCGUUAGCGUUCAAUUCCCCGCCAAGCUGGCUUCACCUUUAUCACGCAUAGCGUUGCUGCCCCCUGCUGGGCGAACCUGGAGAAAUCUAGAACAGAGUUAUUCAAUUACCAGGUGAAUUGGCUCAGCCAUUUAAACAUGGGUCUUUUUUGCGGCGUGUCAUUCUCUGUCUGAGCAUUUUGAAUAAAUGUUAGCUUUUUGUAAAGACAGUUUGUAGCUUAUAUUGUCUGCUACGUUGCCAUCCAACCACUAGAGGUCGGCCUUGUGCCAGACUGAGCCCGUCGAGGGACCGCUGGCAGCCAACCCCCCAUCAAGGCCAUGGGAGCCGGCCUUCAUCACAGUCGCCUCAUCCUCCUGCUACGGCCUUCAUCACAGUCUCUUCACCCUCCUAGUACGGUCUUCAUUAGUCUCUACACCCUCCUCUAUAUCGGUUAUCCUGCUAGGUUUUAUUUGGGAUUCAACAUUUUUUACCACCUUGUCGUUUUGAACCAUAACCACCUCAGACGCCCUCGAUGGUUGAUCAUCACGUGGCACGUGCAUUUAAACCAACGGUGGCUGCGACCCUGCGUCUAUGAAGGAGUAUGUCUUGCGGUACCGUAUAAUGUUGAUUUUCUAUGUUUUUUUUAUGUGACCUAAUAUGUUCUGCAUAAUGAAUUAACCAUAUCGCCAGCUGCCAUGUCUGUCUGUAUGACCGAUUUUUUCUUUGGUCAAAAACGUGCAUCUUGAUAACAAUCACUAUUGGAAAAACGAAGGAACUAUUUCAGUUAGAACUCUGCCCCCGAAAAAAAAAUCGAUAUUUUACCACGAUAAUUUAUAUUUUAUUGAAAUGCACACUACAUAAAAAAAGAAGCUAUUUUGACAAAGCAUUGUUUUAAUUAUUUUCAAAUUGUUGGUUAUUAAAUAAAAAAAAUACCCACAUUAGUAA